AUAUCGUUUAAAUAUAGCUAGGCAAAUCGAUAGACUGUAUCACCUCCAAUACAAAAAUAAGAAGCGACAUUGGUGUGGAUCAACCUCGUCAGAAGGAGAAAAUUACACGUCCGCCAGCCACGAGUCCCUUCCAGUUGCCAGGUCAAGGAUGCAGCAGAUUCAACAACGUCCAAGAAGAAGACGGUUAUGUCAUUCGACUAGACGAUGUUUGCUGUUUAGCGCAGUCUUAUUUAUCUUAAUCGGAAUCCAUCGUCAUCACGAAGGCGUAGAAGGGGCGGAAAUGGUAACAAGUAAUGGCUGCCCAGUGACACAGUUUCGGUGCAACAACGGCCGUUGUGUCAAUCUCAACGUCUUCUGCGACGGCCGUAACGACUGCGGCGACAAUUCAGACGAACCAGCUCAAUGUACACAUUGCAACCGAACGUAUUACGCAGGGAUAGGCGAAAGCUACCGGCUUUUGGUGGCCUGGCCUAAACUAAAUCAAAUGCCAUUCCUUUGCUAUUUGACAUUCACGUCAGCCACGCAGGAACCGCCUCAACUACUGCAGGUGCGUGUGGACACGGCAACGAUUGGCCAGUACAUUGUGCAGCAGAGCAAAGAUGAAGUCAAUGGCCGUUGCCCGGAUGGCUGCAUGCAGAUCGUGGAGGGCGAGAUGCAGCUCAAUCAGCCUAAAGUGGCGCCCAGUGCAAUGAAUAAUGGUGGCCACAGCAACACUUCAAGUGGCGCCUGGUGCGGUGCUUCCAUUACGCCUCGUUUCUACUACGCGGAUUCGAAAUCCGUCACGUUCGUCCUGCAUUUGCAAACCAUUCCGCAAAGCUUGUUGCAGAAAAGCAAAUCCUUAUUGAUGGCUGGCAGCGACACUUUAUCGACGUCAUCCAUCGCGGCUCAACAACUUCAUCCCAUCCUCGAUCUCACCUACAAGAUCUUACCCCGAUCCGCUGCAGUUCUCCGAUACGGCGGCGCAGUGAAAGAGAUACUCGACAGUGGCGUCAAGAACAGCAAUAGGAAUCAGCUGGGCGAACCAGUGGCCGGCACUGGCUGUUCCAGACUAUUUCGCCAAUGUGGCCUUUUGUCGGCCACAAAUGGUAACGACCAGGAAGAAUGCCGUGUCCAGUCUCCUGGCUAUCCAGGCAUUUACCCGCGCAACGCUCAUUGCAUCUAUCGAAUCUCGUCGCAUCGACCCAGCACGGCCUCGCCCAACGCCGGCCGUCUCGUCGUCGUCGUCUUGUGGCAAAAUGACGGACGCAAAAUCAACUUGCGCGAUUGGAACCAACCGACGAGGGACGCGGGACAAGCUCAGCGCGCGUCCAGAUCGACAGCCGAAUGCGAAGCCAGCGGAGAUUACAUCACCAUUUACGACGGUGUCGACACGCUGGCGCCCGUUUUGGCCCGAUUUUGCGACGGUCCGUUGCCUCAAAUCGUGUCCAGCUCGGCUGAUGUGACGGUGGAAUUUCGCAGCUCGCCGCUGGACACCAUCUACGCCGCCUCGGCUGCCAUCGAAGGCUUUGAAUUGAAGGUGCGAAUCAUGGCCGCUGAACAUUUGCAGCCGGUGAUGAGCAGUCAGCAGUACGGUAGCAGUAGCAGCAGCAGCAGCAGCAGCAGCAGCAGCAACAACAACAACAACAACAACAACAACAACAACAACAACAACAACAAGUGUCAGUGGAACGUGACGAGUAGCGGAUUGUCACGCGGCCAAUUGCAUUCGCCAGCGCAGACGUGGCCGAUGCGGACCAUGUGCCAUUUUCGAUUCGUCGGUCGAGCCGACGAACGUGUUUGGAUCUAUUUUGCCAAAUAUCAUUUCGAAAAGGAAAACAGCAAGAGGCGACAACAACAACAACAUCAGUGCCGCAAUGCCCUGCGGAUAGCCGAAGGCGAUGGAAGCGGAUGGGACCCGUCGACAGCCGACAGCAGCGCCGUGGCCAAUGCAACGAUUCGCCUUUUCUGCCGCGACACGAAACCGCCACCUCUUUGCGAGAGGCAAUUGCCAGUGGUGGCCAGUGGGAGAGGCGCCGAUCGAUCGAUGCCACAACCGCCGUCGCCGCCGCCGCCUUGUCUGGCCGGCGAAAGUUUUUUAUCGAACGGAUCGACGUUGAGCGUCCAACAACAUCUGCCGGAAGGGACGGCCUUUUCACCCUGGAAGUAUGUCCUCGUUUACGAGUUUUUCCGCCCAAAUCAAGACGGCCAACCGUUGGUGGACGUUGGUGGCGGCCAACGGCCCAUCAACUGCAACAGACUCUUCAGCGUCGGACGGAAUCAAUCGGACGGCGGUGCGUUGGAACUUCGCGGCAACGUCAAAUCGCCUCAGAAUGUUUUCCUGUUUGGCCGCGGCGGCGCCCGUCAUCUCAAGUGCGUGUACCGGUUCCAGGGCGACGAGACGAUGCGGGUGGCGAUCGAAGUGACUCGAUUGCGCCUUGGGGGCCAUCCGGGCACGCGUUGCCGCAGCAGGCUGGAUCCACUGACCCAUCAACGUCGCUGUCACAUGUUACGCUCGACGGCAAUUCAUUCGUCGGCGAAAGACAACGGCAACGUGUCGUCCACCACUUCAACGGCGUUUCUGCAGUUGAGGGAAAGGCCGUGGGCCGGCCAGGCCAGCGGGCACAAGAUGCUGCUGCAAAGAGAUUGCCUGUGUGACACGAGUGGCCUCCAGCUGCCCUUCCGUUACGUGUCGACGAGUAGCGCCGUCGAAGUUGUCUUCAACGUCAAUGACAUGACUCACGCCGACGACUAUCACGAUUUCUUUUUCGAAAUCUCUUACGAAUUCCUGGGGGGACCGGCGGCCGGCGGCGGGAGCAGCAGCACGAGCAGCAGCACGAGUAGCAGCACGAGCAAUAGUCAUCUGAAAUGCGCCAGCCAAUCGGAAUUGAAGCCAUUGCAAGGCCCAGGAGGAAUCAUCAAACUGGACGGACUGCGAGGCAGCGGAUUGACGACCACCCGCCAAAGUUCCGUUUGCAAUCGUCAGAGUUGGUUGCUCUUGCCCAGAGCCGACCGUUUCCUCUUCCUCUCGACGGCCGGAUUCCUCAUGAAUAAUCAAUUGGACGAAGCCAAAGACAAACAAGAAGACGAAGACGAAGACGAACCUUACAGCAGCGACAGCAUCGAUUGCUCCACCAAAAAUCGGAUAGUCGUCUAUUCAGCCGGACAAGUGGAAGGCCAGCCGCUGGCCAUCAUUUGUCCGUCUGCUCGAUCCGACCAAGCAGCUGAAGGCGGCGUCAAACUAUUCAGCCCGACAUUCGAAGACGAUGCGGCUGGCGAGGGAGACGAUGUGGAGGACGACGACCAAUGGCGGCCGGGCAACCAAUCGUCGCCUUUGACGACCGGCGGUGUCGUCAUCGAGUUCAUCGCCAUUCAGAGCGGAUCGUACACGCUCAAGUGGCUGGAACUGACGCCGCAGUCGUUGCUGGCCGUCAACGCCUUCAACAAUAAAUCGUUCCGCGCCGUUCCUCAUCUGGGCUCGGUGGCGUCCUCACCGCCGUCGCGGUCACAACGGCCGCCCUCCUGGUUCUUUUGCUCCACCUGGUGUCCGGAACUCAAAGCCUGCGUCGACUCUCAGCUGUGGUGCGACGGCGUCUACGACUGCCCGUCGGGACUCGACGAAUCGGAUCAGCAGUGCCAUUCGACCGUCUCGCCCGGCCUCGACGGUGACGUGUCGCCCACCAACCACGAACCGCCGACUCGCAUCUCGGCGUGGAACGUGCCCAAAGUCUAUUGGUAUCUGAUUGCGGCCGGCAGUACGUUGCUGUCGCUCUUCAUCGUCGUCUCGUCCGUCUUGGUGUGUCGCGAAAAUGGCCACCAUCAUUUCAAACAGCCGCAAGUGGCGGCGGCUGCUGCCUCGUCCAGUCCGGCCAACGUGUCGCGAUCGUCGCAGGGAUCGUUUCCGCCGGCCCCAGUGACGGCCCUCAAUGAUUACGUUUACCCACCCGAUAGCGUUGGCAGCGUGGCUAAUAUCAAGAUCGUCGUCGGGGGCAGCACGAAAGCCGAGAGCGUCGACAAGGUGUCGUCCUUGUACCAUUACGACAAGAAAAUGGCCGUUUCUUGACAAUCAGCCACCACGUUGGAGAGCGAUGACCUCGAUUUAGAGACGACCGUUUGAUCCGUCUUUUAUUUUCUUUUGCUUUUUAAUGGGUGCAGUUUUCAUUUGAACCGAAAUGUUUUCAUGGGGCGUUUCCGCAAUUCGUUUAUUCUCUAAAUUGAACAGUUGAAUUUGGCACAUUUCUUUCUUUUUUUUUUUUUUUUUUUUUUUUUUUUCGAGGAGGAAAAUGAUAAUAGGGUUGUUAAUA